AGAGCGAAUCGGCUUGGAAGUGCUAGAACGGCGCGCGCGGGCACGCGACCCGGGUAACUCGGAAGCGGAAGUUCGGGGAAGGUGCGCCUCGCAGGCCUCAACGGAGUAGCUGCCCACGCGAGUAGACGGUGACCCAAAAGAUAACGGCGUGGUCAUGUGAGGAGGCGAAAGAGGCUGAGCUCGGGGCAGGCGAGCCGGAGCCUUUUAAACAAACCCAAGAGUGAGAUGACACCAGAGGAGCUGCAGAAGCGGGAGGAGGAAGAGUUCAACACAGGGCCCCUUUCUGUGCUCACGCAGUCUGUCAAAAACAAUACACAGGUGCUGAUCAACUGUCGCAACAACAAGAAGCUCCUUGGACGCGUCAAGGCCUUUGACAGGCACUGCAACAUGGUAUUGGAAAAUGUUAAGGAGAUGUGGACGGAGGUGCCCAAGAGUGGGAAAGGCAAGAAGAAAUCCAAGCCUGUCAACAAGGACCGCUACAUCUCUAAGAUGUUCCUGCGUGGAGAUUCAGUCAUUGUGGUGCUAAGGAACCCCCUAAUUGCUGGCAAGUAAUGAGUUGUUGGAAGGUUGUGGAUGCUUAUGAGCUUGGUCCAAACAAGAUGCUGUCCUUCGGGUAACAACCAAGAGACUGAUAUAGUUUGCAGAUGGCUUUAGCCAGUAGCAUCUCUUUGUCACCUGCCUCCUCUUCAGAUAAUUCUUGUGCCACAAAGUUUUGGUUUCCUGAUGAAGAGAGGUUGUAGAAGGCUUCUUGUUUGUCAUAGAGCUGGCUGUUGGAUUUCCUACUCCCAAACUAAUUUGGGUAUGUUCUUGUAUGUGACCUGAUUACCUUUUCUUUUUGUAAUAAACAGUUUGUUACAUUU